AUGGUUCUUCUUUUCAGAAUCAUGACUACUUUCAUAAAGAGUAUAGGAGAAGUUCUAACUGGCGGUCGCAGUAAGGAUAGUAAUGGCGUGUUUUGCGCCGACGAAACAUUAUGGUUUGAAAUCCUGAAAAGAUGCGACAAAAAUUCAUUACUUCGUUGUGAACAGGCAUGCCGGCUUUUCCACAAUAUACUCAAGACAUCUCAGUUUUGGAUUGAAAAAUGUGAAUAUGAUGGUGUUGCCAUUCCCCCUCUCAACUGGAGGAAAUUCUUGCGUCAGGACUUGGACGUAUCUCAUGAUUCCGAGGGAUCGUCUAUGCAACGUGAACUCAACUACAAAAGAAUAUUCUGUUGUCGUCCUUACAACCGAAAUCUGGCAAUGCAGUUGAGCAAUACAUCAACGCUCAAUAGCUUAAAGAAGAAAGGAAUGGUGUUUAGAUCCAGAGGAGAUGGAAUCCGAAUAGAGCACCCGCCCGUUUAUUGUGAACCAUCAGAAGUUCCUGUAUGUUUUGCAACAAGCUAUGACUGGUGUAGUCGCUAUUUCGAAAUCAAUUUCGAGAAGUCAGGCGUGGAGGGUUGGGUUAUGGAUUUAAUUCGACCAGAAAUAGUUGUCCGGGAACGUUGCGCAUGCAGAGAAGACUGUGGUGCGGAGUAUGAACUCCGAGCGCAGCUACUGAAAGAUGAUGAACAGUUCGAUGAAAACGUGAUUUUGCCUCGUUUUCUUGUUGCUACCCGUUCUUGGAAUCAAUGGGAAGGUGGAAAGUCCUGGGACACUGUUGAACAUAUCUUUAAAGAUUAUCCAUCUGGGAUGCGUAAACUUGGUGUCAUGAGUCGUGGAAAAGAUACCCAGUUCUGGGCUGGACACUAUGGCUCUAAAUUUGGAGCUACCGAAGUACUAAUCAGAUUUCCGGAAGUUCCAAGACUAGUAUCAAUAGAAGAGUUCCCGGAUGUUGAAAAACGUUAUACGGACGAGUACCUCGGUCGUCUCCCUCUACGUUCUUUACGUGUUCCUGUUGGUAUGAGAGGACGGUUCCCAGCCCGCAGAUUCUAA